AUGAAUCGAAAGAUUAUACAACAACUUUUGUUGGUUCUCUUUCUAUGCUUGAGUUAUGAUGGGGUUCGAGGAACAAAGUUAUCCGACGAACAAGAAGAUCUGGAGUUGGAGAUGCAACUAAAACGUCUAAAUAAGCCUACAAUUAAAACGAUUAAGACUGAAUACGGCGAUAUAUAUGAUUGUGUGGACUUUUACAAGCAACCUGCAUUUGAUCAUCCAUUAUUGAAAAAUCACAAUUACCAUCCUCAGGUUUGCCUCCAAUAUAAUCAAUUUUUAUUUUUAAUGAUCAAACCAUCAUUGUUUGUGAAAGAGAGCGAUUCAACUAUGUCGACAAGUAAUAAGUUGCCAGGAAUAAAUUUAGCAGAUGGAGGUUGUCCUGUUGGAACUGUUCCUAUUCGAAGAACAACGAAAGAAGAUCUUAUUAGACAUAAACUUUUGCCCCCACCAGAAGAUAUAAUGAUCGACAGUCCACUUACUCAUAGGGAAAACUCCAUUGAUUCGAAAAAAAGAAGAUACAAACCUUUGCAAGGGUACAAGCUUGCAAUCAUUCAUACAGAUGACAAUCCAAAUAACAAAUUUGGAGGAGGCGCGAUGACAACUAGUGUCUAUAAUCCUCAUGUCGAAGAUCAACAACAUAGUGCAUGUCGUUUAAAAAUAAUUAAAGGAUCAAAUAUUAUACAAGUUGGUUGGAGAGUUGACCCAACCUUGUACGGUGACAACGCGACUAGGUUAUACAUACAUUUCCAGAAUGGUACAAAUGCUUGUUUCAACUUGUUAUGUCCUGCCUUUGUACUUGUAAACCGAGAAGUAGUUAUAGAUGGAGCACUUAAUCCCGUUUCACAACGUGGAGAGAAAAUAUUUGAGAUGAGACUUUCAAUAAAUUGGGACCAAAAUAAAGGAAAUUGGUGGUUGUUCAGCACAAACACUAAUAUACCAAUUGGUUUUUGGCCUCGUGAGGUGUUUGAUGACUUUGACUAUUUUGCAACAAGAGUUGAAUGGGGUGGAGUCGUAUAUAGUCCACCAGGAAUACGUGAACCUUCCAUGGGUUCAGGAUUUUCUCCCAUUAGAGACACUUUAUAUGACGCAUUUUGCAGAAAUAUUACACUUUUAAGUGAUAAGGGUGACAAUAUUAAUGUAGGUCAAUUGCCAAUAUAUGCAAACAGCCCUAAUUUAUACAAUGCUAUAGAUAUUCCUAAUGGUGGGGAUUAUUUCAAACAUGUGAUGGUUUAUGGUGGACCUAGGGACAACUCCAUUGGUUCAAAAAGAAGAAGAUAUAAACCUUUGCAAGGGUACAAGAUUGCGACUGUUCAUACUGAUGACGAUAAUCCAAAUAACAAAUUUGGAGGAGCUUCCAUGGCAGCCGCUGUAUAUAAUCCUCAUGUCGAAGGUCAACAACAUAGUGCAUGUCGAUUAAAAAUUAUUAAAGGAUCAAAUAUUCUACAAGUUGGUUGGAGA